GCGGUGUGGGGACACUGAUAGAAGUGGGAGAGAGAGAGGGUGCGGGUGGGGGGUGGGGGGGGCGAGGCCGAGGACGGAGACUCCCUCGUCAUUGUCGUCAGUGACGGUGGUACAGAUGGGUGCGACUCUCCACAGCUGAGCCGGCCACCGAUCCAGCAGCGCUAGCGGUCACCCAGCGCUGCAUGAAUGCAGCUGACCACAGUUGGAAAGCCCACGUCCUGCGAAUGACACUAGGCUAACACUGGCACCAUGCUGCCCCGUAACCUGCGAACAGGUGGUUAUGACCUGCCGGGAGUGGAGUCAAGUGACGUGCCGCUCAUUGGCUACCGGCCUUUAUCACCUGACAGUGGCACCCCGAGCCACCAAUCAGGGAGGGAAAGCGGCAGCGAUGACUUGGAAACUUCACAGGCAGAGCCCUCGCCGAUGAAGACUACCUGGUACUGUCCUCUGGAUCUGUCCACUGUGGUGGAGGAAGAGGAGGAUGGAGUGAUCUACACAGUGGUGGUCAAACAGCAGCAUGGAGGCCCCACCAGUCAUGUGUCAACAGUUUCUCGCUCCCAGUGUGUUAAAGCAGGGACAGAGGAGAAGCUGGCGCUCCACCUCCUUCACUCCUUUUCCAUGGGAGACUCCUCCUUCAUCACCAUCUUCCUCUCCACCUAUCGCUCGUUCACCUCCACACAGAGAGUGCUGGAUAUCCUCACAGACAGAUUGGAGAACCCACCUGGGGACAGCGAGAGGAGCCAGACGAGACAAUCUUUCAACAAAGCGGUGUGUACAGUGUUCAGCACAUGGCUCACAGAGUAUCCUGAAGACUUUAAGAGUUUGGGGGAGCCCUCUCGGCUGCUGCGCCUGGCUCCCCUGCUCCCUCAGGACUCCUCCUCUGCGGCCGACCUCCGAGCUCGCCUCCUCAGGAUAGCUGAGGAGCUCAGCGAGAAAGCCCUGCUCCCUGAUGCCCAUAAAGAUCAGAGCAGUUUCACCAGCCCUCCUCCUGACGCCUCCAAGUUUGAACCCACCAGCAUCCUGGGAUUCCCUGCAGCACUCAUUGCUGAGCAGCUCACCAAGAUAGAGACAGAGCUGUUUGUCCGCCUGGUCCCAUACCACUGCCUCGGCUCACUGUGGUCUCAAAGGGAUAAGAAAGGGAGGGAAGGCAUGUGCUGGUCCGUCCGGGCCACUGUACGUCAGUUCAACAAACUGGCCAAUGCGGUUUUAGCAUCCUGCCUUUGCCCCACGAAGUUGCGCACCCAGCAGAGAGUGCGACUGCUGGAGAAGUGGAUCAGCGUGGCAGAGGAGUGCCGAGCCAGAAAGAACUUCUCCUCGCUGUACGCCAUCGUGUCUGCCCUGCAGAGUAACCCCAUCCAUCGGCUGAGGAGGACGUGGCAGGACGCUGACAGGGAGGCAAUGAGGAGAUACGAGGAACUGUCAGAAAUAUUCUCAGAGAAGGACAACUACUCACAGUGUAGAGAACUCCUGAAGGAGGAGGGCACGUCAAAGUUUGCCAACAUUGACAACAAGCUCAACAACAGACAUCUUAAUAAGUCCAAUGCCCAGGGUACCGUGCCCUACCUGGGUAUCUUCCUCACAGACCUCACCAUGCUGGACACAGCAGUCAAAGACAGACUGGAUAAUGGCUACAUCAACUUUGACAAAAGGAGAAGAGAAUUUGAGGUUUUAGCUCAAAUCCGGCUCCUGCAGUCUUCCUGCAAAAACUGUGUUUUCAGCACUGACGAGUCCUUCAUACAGUGGUAUCACAGUGUACCCACGCUAACAGAGGAGGAAAGUUACAGACUGUCCAAUGAAAUUGAAGCGCCCAGUGAGCCGAGCCCCCGUGGCCUUACACCAACAGUCAUCAUCACACAGUGCCCAGACCUGAGCACCUCCCGGACCAGCCUGGCUGGUGACAGUGAUAGCCUCUUUGACUUUCCCUCACCUGUCAAUAACCUGCUAUCAAAACUCACAAAGCAUAUGAGAUCUCCAUCUGUGUCCUGUCUGGAUGUUGACACGUCCCCACCUACCAAUGAUUCCACCCCCGCCGCACUCACUCCAUCCACUCCCACAAAAUCACACCGCCGAUCGGCCUCCUGCGGCAACAACCCCCCGAAUAACAUCCAGGGGUCUGGGCCCGACAUGCGAAUCAUCAGGAUACGGAUGGGCCUGCAGGAUGGAAACUUAUACCGAAGCAUACUGGUUACAAGCAAUGAUAAGACACCCACUGUGAUCAGCUCUGCCUUAGAAAAGCACAAUCAGGACCCCAAACAGGCAUCCAAGUAUGAGCUGAUCCAACUUCUGCCUGAAGGAAAAGAACUGGUCAUCCCUGCUACAGGAAACGUCUUCUACGCCAUGACAUCGUCUAGUGUUGACUUCCUGUUGAGAAGGAAAGGGGGGAACACUCCUCUUGGCUUGCAGCCGAUCAGCACAGAGACGAGCGCCACGUUUCCCCGAAUCAAGGCCAAGGGGAGGAGACUGGUCAGGACUCUAUUUUGAUGUCAGCUUUUCCUCACCUUUGUCAACAGUGACAUUUGUCUCGAAGUCAGUAAACGUGGCCUUCUCUGUGCAAAACAAAAAUCUACAUAUGCCUUUAUCCCGUGCUCCUUCAAAGCCUGUUCUACCAAAACACGAAGACCAAGUUUGUCAGACAUUUCAGACCUCCUGCUGCCCUUCUGUGUUCACCAGAGCCGUAUGCUGCUGAGGAAGAGUGUCAGUUUUCCUCUUUUUCCAAACAAUAUGCAUUACUGAUUUACACCCAGAGGAAGAGCAAUGGAAGCCUUUAACGGUGUGCUUUUGGUGCUGGCUCUCGAGUCCCAGUCAGGUAGCACUUGAUGCUUUUCUUUUUUCAUUCCAACUCAAUGAAUAAGAUCUGUUUUAAUUACCACAGAGAAAUCCCUUGUUGUGAUGUGCCUCAGCUGUGAGAGACGUUUCCAAAUGUAAAAAGAAGAUUUAAUUGGUGAGAACGUGUUUCUGGGAUCACCCAAGAGGCCGUCGAAGGAUUUAAGAAUGAAAUUUAAACAUACAGAGCCUGUCAGAUCUGGUUCUGGUAAACAGCACACAUCGCCAAGACACAUGAAAGGAAGAAGAUGCAGUGCAAGUGCAUCACUGUAGCAAAACACUGGAUCUUGUCUUAUGAGACAUAUACAUAUAUAUAAAUGUUUUGUAUAUAUUUAUAUAUUUUGUACAUCUAUGUGAUGUCAAUGUUGUGUUUACACUGGCAAGGAGCUCUAUGUCCAUGUGUCCAAAUUGUCAAGUAACUAAUUAAUCAAGGAAAAAUACAUAAAAUACCUGCAUAGUUUCCACUUUAAACAGGCCAGCACAUGUGAUUAGUUCAGAUAUGACGCAAGCAGAUAUUAAUUUCAACUUAAACUUAAAGCCUCAUGAAUCAAUAUUUUUCUACUCACACUGAAUCAAAGGACUAUUCACAUUGUGAAGGUGAAGAAGUUGUGAUGAACGCUUGUCCAAUCAUCACCACCUCUGCAGCGCUAGUGAGAAUUAUAGCUUGUUUUGGUGAACUGUUCUAGUUUUACAGACCAGAAAUGUCCUUUAUGGUUCACUGUCACUGUUGCUAUCAACAACUUUCCCAGCAAGUUGUUUCCAGUGAAAAAAAAAUCUCUGAUAGACAUCAGAACUAUCUGUCCAGCACUAUCGAGCAGACAGUGAAAAACAUUUAGCAGCUAAAGAGCCAGAUAUUUUUUCCUCAGAAAUUGCUACAGACCAAACGACAACUAAGACGAGUGUGAUGUGGACUUAAUUUAACAGCUGAACAGAAACACCUCUCCAGAUAAAUACUUGUUCGACUGGAUGUGUGAGUAGGCAGCUGUGAGCCGAAACAACUUUAUAAGGCAAUAAAAUGUUACACAGCUCAUUUUGGUGUAUUUCUGCCCCCUGGAGGCCAAAAGGUCAUUAUUGCAGCUUUAAAAACAACUUGCAGCUCUUUCAAACCAUGUGGCUUUGCUUCAGUUUACCACUGUUGUACCAAAACCAUAAGGACAACUAUAAGGAAAAUCAAAUAUAUAUAUAUGGUUUUCCAGGUCUGAACCUUUCAACAGAGCAUAAGCUAAACUUAAUUUAUGCAGAUUUCCCAGCAGCUCAGCAGGAUAACUGCUGUUUACAUACAGUGCAAAGACUCAGCUCUGAAACAUGUUUUGAAUCAACGUCAGUGUAGUUUUGAAACACACAACCUCGACUUUGACAUAAGUCUUGUGACCUCUGGUUGUCGCACUCCCUGCUCAGUGCUGGUGAGGUCUGUUUAUUGGCCGAGGCAUGAGCAUGGCUGGACCAGGGAGAGGAUUCUGGAUAACAACAGAUGACGUGUGCUAGCGUAAUGUUAUGCUACUGAUUGUUUUCGUGCCUUUCUCUAAAGGGUGCUCACCUUUCCCAUGUUUGCAUUAGAAUGUAUGCAGUAUACAUGGAGGAAAUGCAGUCACCUCCAGUGCUGUGUAGUCUCACAUCAAAGCUAUUUAUGCACUACAUACAGGAUGUCCUAUUUUUGUGGUAAUAAAUUUACUUUUAUAUGAAUUUCAUUGCUUUUGACUGAUGUGCUGUAACAUUUUCCAGGUUCAGUACAGACAUAUUUUCCAUGCUGC